UUUGGCAAAUAUAAUAUUAUUCCAAAAUAUGCUAGGGUUUAUAGAUUACAUCACCUCAAAGCUCUCAAAAGUUAUGAAAUGUGUUGACUACAGCUGGGAGACCAUUCUUGGAUUCAUGGGUAUCCUAAUACUUUUGAGUAUAUUCAUAUAACUUCUCUGUACACUGCGAUUAAAUACAUCAUUUUUGAACGUUCGAUACUUUACGUGGGCAUUCCGUCAUUUUUCGUGGCACUGAGCUGAUUCCCAUUAUACAAUUAUCAAUGGAAGAGAUAUAAAACAAUGAUGAUUGUUCAACAUAAAGUAAGAGUAAACUUUCCAAUUCUUCAUAAAAUCUUUUUCUUGAGCUCUAUAGACCCUAUUGUGAAAAAGAUAAAGGGUCUUGGUAUCUUUCUUCUGACUCUCUUGUUCAUUUCUUACUUCUUUAUUCUUAUUGUAGUGCUAUUUUUCGUGAAUACUCUUGAAACUUCUGAUAUAAAUACAAAGAAUGCUAGGAGAGCUCCUCCUUCGACUAGGAACUUGGAAAAAGAGGCUAUAGAGACGAGAGAACCAAAUAGCGCAUAUGUGAUCCCUUUUGUACUAUCCUUCUUGCUGAUAACAUAUUGGAUUAACAAAAUAAUAAUUUCUCUAUUCUUCUGGAGUAUAGUACUUUUUAUCCUUUUUAUUCUCUUCCUAUUUUAUUCUGUUAUCUACUGUAUUUAUCAGAAAGAGAUUCGUCAAAGAGAAGAAGAGCAGAGACAGAGGGCUAUUCAGAACAGAUAUGCUGUAAAUUCAGAAAGCAUUUCAAAUGAUAGCCCUGAUGAGGAGAGUAAGGAGGACUCUUCUUCUAGUGAGUCCUUUUCUUCAUCUGAGUCCAGCAGUAUUAUUAACCAAGUUAUCAGAUCUAUGAAGAAGACAUUUUCGAUGAAAAAAUCUAAGAAAAAGGAUGGUCUUGGAUGAUCGAUCUGUUACGAAAACUUCAAAGAUAAGGAGACGAUUAUCCAGUUAAAAUGCAACUCUUUACAUACUUUCCAUGAAGCUUGCUUUCACUCCUGGGCGAGGAGGAAUGACACCUGCCCAUUGUGUAGACAAUCUAUCAUUCCCCAAUAAGGAGGGCUGAUAUUAUAACUGUUUAGUUUCUAAAUAGGUUUCUGUC